CCCAAGUUGAAUUUUCUUUUCUCAGUCAACAGAUGUCGCGACAAUCGAAGUGGUGAUUUUCUAUUUUCCGAUUGUAUGAAAUUUGGUAACGUGGAGAUUUUUGUUUGGAGUUUAAUUUGAUUACGGCUAAAAUCUUUUUGUCAUAAUUUAUCAAAAUGAGAUUCAUCAUUGUCUUUGUGACACUUUUGUUUGUUACCUUGUGUCAAGCUGAAGGAGAAGCUACUCCAUCAGGAGCCCGGCUUUUGAUUGAGAAAAAGGUUCUCAAUAAAUACUUAGUUGAAAGUAAAGAUUUAAUUAUCAGCUAUAAUAUUCACAAUGUCGGUGAAAGUGCUGCUGUUGAUGUAACCAUCAAAGAUGCGAACUUACCUGAGGAAUAUUUCCAAGUGGUCAGUGGUUUAAGCUCAUUCACUAUUCCCAGGAUAGCAGCAAACUCUAAUGUCUCUCAUACUGUUGUCUACCGUCCAAAAACUGGUGUAUGGGGUCAAUUCAAUUUCACUUCUGCUGAGGUAAAUUAUUUACCCCGAGAGGAAUCACAAGAUGUUCAAAUUGGAUUCACAAGUGAACCUGGUGAAGGUUAUAUUGUAUCACUUAAAGAAUUCGACCGAAGAUUCUCACCUCAUAUCCUUGAUUGGUUUGCAUUUGCUGUCAUGUCUAUGCCAACAUUGGUUAUUCCUUUCUACCUCUGGUUUAGCAGUAAAAGCAAAUACGAUGCGAUCUUAGCAGCAAAAUUAGAAGCAAAAGCUGCAAAGAAACACUAAUUAAUUAAUCUAAUAUAAACACUUUUUAGAAUUUAUAUUAAAAUUAUUUUCCUUGGGUAAA